ACGCGCGUGCGGGGGGAGGGGGCAGCCAUGCCGAGGGGGCGGCCUUCCAAACCCAGCAGGGAGGACAGCAAGGCCGGUGCCGAGUCAGAUGGUGUUCUGACACUGAAUACAGAGAACAGUAAUUGUUCCUACCAAGUACCAAGCUUCCAUAAGUGUGAGAUCUGUUUGCUAUCUUUUUCAAAAGUGACACAGUUCCAGCGCCACAUGAGGGAUCAUGAGAGAAAUGAUAAGCCUCAUCGGUGCGACCAGUGUCCAAUGUCAUUUAAUGUUGAGUUCAACCUGACACUUCAUAAAUGUACUCACAAUGGGGAAGAUCCUACAUGUCCUGUGUGUAACAAGAAAUUCUCCAGAGUGGCUAGUCUCAAAGCUCAUAUUAUGCUACAUGAGAAAGAAGAGAAUCUUAUUUGUUCAGAGUGUGGAGAUGAGUUUACUUUGCAGACCCAACUGUCCAUGCAUAUGGAAGAACAUCGUCAGGAAUUGGCUGGAAGCAGAACCCAUAGUUGCAAGUCCUGUAAGAAGGAAUUUGAGACUUCCUCACAGCUUAAGGAGCACAUGAAAACUCACUACAAAAUAAGGGUAUCCAAUACUAGAUCUUACAACCGAAACAUUGACAGAAGUGGGUUUACAUAUUCAUGUCCGCACUGUGGAAAGACAUUCCAAAAACCAAGUCAGUUAACCCGACAUGUUAGAAUACAUACAGGUGAAAGACCAUUUACAUGUAGUGAAUGUGGAAAAGCCUUUAACCAGAAGGGGGCAUUACAGACACACAUGAUUAAGCAUACUGGUGAAAAACCCCAUGCUUGUGCCUUUUGUCCAGCAGCCUUUUCUCAAAAAGGCAAUCUUCAGUCUCAUAUACAGAGAGUUCAUUCAGAGGUGAAGAAUGGCCCGACGUAUAACUGUACAGAAUGUAGCUGUGUUUUCAAAAGCUUAGGCAGCUUAAAUACUCACAUCAGCAAGAUGCAUAUGAGUGGUCCACAGAACUCAGCAAGCACUACUUCAGAAGCAUCUCAUGUUACAACGGAUCCUGUGGCCCAGCCUCUAAUGACGUCUCCUGCUAACCUGAUGCAACCUGUUGAUAAUAAAUGGAAGAAUGCCACACAUUUUCGGUCUCCACUUCUUCAACAGACAGAAAACCAAGUAACUUCAGCUGCAGGUCAACAAGGGCAACAGGCUGUAACAGAUGUCAUCCAGCAGCUCCUUGAGCUGUCAGAGCCAGGUCCAGUGGAAAAUAACCAGCCCCAGCAACCUGGCCAGCAACUCAAUAUUGCAGUAGGACUCAAUCGAGACAUUUUGCAGCAAGCCUUAGAAAACAGUGGGCUGUCUUCAAUUCCAGUCUCAGCGCAUCCUACAGACUGCAGCCAGGCUAAGAAUCCUACAACACAGGAUCAAAAUCCAGAUGUUCAGAAUCUUUCUAACCAUCAAGCUGACCCUAAUAAUGCAGAACAAGAUAAAGAGCAAGAAAGCCCAGAUAAGAUGGAUAAAAAAGAGAAAAAGGUUAUAAAGAAAAAAUCACCAUUUUUACCUGGUUCUGUACGUGAAGAGAAUGGAAUAAGAUGGCAUGUUUGCCCAUAUUGCUCUAAAGAAUUUAAAAAACCCAGUGAUCUAGUGCGCCACAUUCGAAUUCACACGCAUGAGAAGCCAUUCAAGUGUCCCCAAUGUUUCCGCGCCUUUGCUGUGAAGAGCACUCUCACAGCACACACAAAAACACACACUGGCAUUAAAGCUUUUAAGUGCCAGUAUUGUAUGAAAUGUUUUUCCACCUCAGGAAGCUUAAAAGUUCACAUUCGUCUGCAUACAGGUGUUAGACCUUUUGCUUGUCCUCACUGUGAUAAAAAGUUCAGAACAUCUGGCCACAGAAAGACUCACAUUGCUUCACACUUUAAACACACUGAACUACGAAAGAUGCGACAUCAGCGUAAACCUGCAAAAGUUCGAAUAGGAAAGACCAGCGUUCCAGUACCGGAUAUUCCUUUGCAAGAACCCAUACUCAUCACUGAUUUAGGUCUUAUCCAGCCAAUCCCAAGGAAUAGCCAGUUUUUCCAAAGUUAUUUUAAUAAUAGUUUUGGAAAUGAAGCAGACAGGCCAUACAAGUGUUAUUACUGCAAUCGAGCAUAUAAAAAAUCUUGCCAUCUUAAGCAACAUAUCAGAUCACACACUGGUGAGAAGCCAUUUAAGUGUUCUCAGUGCGGAAGAGGUUUUGUCUCGGCUGGAGUGCUAAAAGCGCAUAUUAGAACUCAUACUGGAUUGAAAGCUUUUAAGUGUCUUAUAUGUAAUGGGGCUUUCACUACUGGUGGUAGCCUCAGGCGACACAUGGGGAUCCAUAAUGAUCUUCGACCAUAUAUGUGUCCAUAUUGUCAAAAAACAUUCAAAACUUCAUUAAACUGCAAAAAGCACAUGAAAACUCAUAGGUAUGAGCUUGCACAGCAGCUUCAGCAGCACCAGCAAGCUGCUUCAAUAGAUGAUUCAACAGUAGAUCAGCAGAGCAUUCAUGUUUCCACUCAGAUGCAAGUAGAGAUUGAAAGUGAUGAGUUGCAGCAGCCAGAAGCUGUCACUACAGAUCAGGAAGCUAUUUUAGAACUAGACCAGCAGCAGGUGGUAGCCACAGAAGAAACAGGACUGGGACAACAAUUGACUGACCAACCUUUAGAGCAAGAUGAAGAUAGGUUUGUGACAUCCCAACAUGCUUUACAGGAGAACAUCAAUCAAUUUGAACAGCAAACUCUAACACAGCAGUCAUUUGAUCAGCAAGGGUUAUCACAAGGUUUUACAGUGAAUGAUAGCUACAAUCAACAAAAUCAAUUUUCAGCUGUACAGCAGCUACAGGAUUCAAGCACACUUGAGUCUCAGGCUCUUUCAACAAGUUACCAUCAACCAAAUCUGCUUCAAGUUCCUAAUCCAGAGACUAUUAAUGUGACUACUCGCCUCAUACAAGAUCAGUCACAAGAAGAACUUGAACUGCAUGCCCAACGCCCCCAGUUUCUUGAGGACAAUGAAGAUCAAAGCAGACGUUCAUACAGAUGUGACUAUUGCAACAAGGGUUUUAAGAAAUCCAGCCAUUUGAAGCAGCAUGUACGAUCACAUACUGGUGAGAAACCUUAUAAAUGCCAGCUGUGUGGCCGUGGAUUUGUUUCCUCAGGAGUUCUUAAAUCCCAUGAGAAGACUCACACAGGAGUUAAAGCAUUCAGCUGUAGCAUUUGCAAUACAGCUUUCACUACCAAUGGCAGCCUUACCAGGCACAUGGCAACUCAUAUGAGCAUGAAGCCUUACAAGUGCCCAUUCUGUGAUGAAAGCUUCCGAACAACAGUUCAUUGCAAAAAGCACAUGAAAAAACACCAGACGGUCUCCUCUGCAGUAGCAGCAACUGGAGAGGCCGGAGGAGGAGUUGUUUGUGUGGAAGAAGAUGAUGAAAAUUGUGAAAGAACUGCUUCCAGAAAGUCUCGGCCUGGUGUCAUCACUUUCACAGAGGAAGAAACAGCAGAACUGGCAAAAAUUAGACCUCGAGAAAGUGCCACAGUCUCAGAAAAAGUUCUUGUCCAGUCUGCUGCGGAAAAGGACAGAAUUAGUGAAAUCAAAGAUAAGCAUGCAGAACUGGAAGCGGAGCCCAAAUAUGCCAAUUGUUGUACUUAUUGUCCCAAAAGCUUUAAAAAACCCAGCGAUUUAGUCAGGCAUGUUCGUAUCCACACUGGGGAGAAACCAUAUAAAUGUGAUGAAUGUGGAAAGAGUUUUACUGUGAAGUCUACUCUGGAUUGCCAUGUAAAAACGCACACAGGUCAGAAGCUCUUCAGUUGUCAUGUAUGCAGUAAUUCUUUUUCUACCAAAGGCAGUCUAAAAGUGCAUAUGCGUCUGCAUACAGGAGCAAAGCCAUUUAAGUGUCCACACUGUGACUUACGGUUUCGUACUUCAGGACGCAGAAAAACGCACAUACAGUGUCACUAUAAACCAGAAACCAAGAGGGUCAGGAAGCCUGUUACCCGUACAUCUGCUGAGGGAUUACAACCAGUGAAUCUUCUUAAUUCUUCCACGACAGACCCCAAUGUUUUUAUCAUGAAUAACUCUGUUCUGACAGGUCAAUUUGAUCAAAAUUUGCUUCAGCAAGGACUUGUGAGCCAGGCGAUCCUUCCUGCUUCUAUGUCAGCUGGAGGUGACUUAACUGUGUCCUUGACAGAUGGUAGCUUGGCCACCCUUGAAGGCAUACAGUUACAGCUUGCUACUAAUCUGGUUGGACAGAACGUUCAAAUUUCUGGAAUAGAUGCUGCCAGUAUUAACAACAUCACAUUACAGAUUGAUCCCAGUAUUUUACAGCAGACACUACAGCAGAGUAACUUACUUGCCCAGCAUCUAACUGGGGAUCCUAGUAUGGCUCCACAGAACAGCUCCCUCCAGACAACAGAUAGCACGGUGCCAGCUAAUGUUGUUAUCCAGCCCAUAUCAGGCUUGUCUUUACAGCCAACAGUUACAUCUUCAGCUAAUAUGACAAUAGGACCACUGUCUGAGCAAGACUCUGUGUUAACAACUAACAGUAAUGGUGCACAGGAUCUCUCUCAAGUGAUGACCUCACAGGGUAUGGUGUCUACUUCAAAUGGUCAGCAUGAGAUAACAUUGACCAUAAAUAACUCAAGUUUGAGUCAAGUUCUAGCUCAUGCUGCUGGUUCCACCACUACAAACUCAUCAGAAAGCCCGCAAGAAAUUACCCUCACCAUAUCUGGUCAAGAUCUUAUUCAGCAUAAUUCUUCUGGAAGUAAUGAGUUGAAUGGGAGUUUACGACUGACAACACCAACAAUUAGCAAUCAAUCAACAGGUGCUACGUUAACUAUAAGCAAUGAUCAACUUCUGUCUCAGGGUACAUCACUGAAUGCUUCAGAACUUAAUUCGUCAAGUGGAAAUCUUCCUUCAACACCACCCAUGUCUCAAUCCACAGUUUCUGCUCAGAACUUAGUAAUGUCUUCGUCAGGAGUUGGAGGAGAUGGUAGUGUUACCUUGACCUUGGCUGAUACUCAGGGCAUGUUAUCUAGUGGUCUUGAUUCAGUUACACUUAAUAUCACUUCACAGGGUCAGCAAUUCCCUGCUUUACUCACAGAUUCUAGUCUCUCCAGCCAAAGCGGUUCGGGCUCACAACAAGUCAUACUGGUGAGCCAUACGCCACAUUCAGCAUCUACAAACUCUGAUGAAAUAACAUAUCAGGGGAACGUCCAUUUCAGUGUACACUGUGUGAUAAAGCUUUUAACCAGAAGAGUGCCCUUCAGGUGCAUAUGAAAAAGCACACAGGAGAGAGGCCUUACAAAUGUGAUUACUGUGCAAUGGGCUUUACACAGAAAAGCAAUAUGAAACUCCAUAUGAAACGAGCUCAUGGCUAUGCUGGUACUAUACAAGAAUCUGCCAGUCAGCAAGAACAAGAAGGGGAAGAUAUUAAUCGUGCUUUGAAUUUAGAAGAGGUUGUUCAAGAAUCUUCAAAUGAAUGGCAGAGUAUAACCAAUGUUUUUCGAUGACACCUUAGUUGAAAGCUUUGCUUUCAGGACUUGAAUUUCUCAACAUAUGUUUUGAAAAAAGUAAAGCAUAUGGAUUUUACAGUUGAUGCUUCAAGCAUUGAAAAUAUUAACAAUAGAAUAAUAUAUUAUAGUUUUUUUAAUUAUUUACAAAAAGUACUUAAGAAUCAUUGUUUUUGUAAGCUUGUGGGAAAAUAUUGAAAAAACAUCAAUUAAUCUGUGUUAAAUUGUCUACAAAUCAAUGAACUCAGGUAAUACUACAUGCGGUUUCAUCUUCUAAUCCACAGACAGUAUAUCUAGUUGAACAAUUUACUGGAACUUCAUAUCAGGAAAGAGUGAUUCCCUUGCAUUAGUAAAGAAGAUGAAAAGUAACUUCAUGGGAAAACCAUGAAAAUUGUCAUUUACUUUUUUAUUUUAUUUUUUUAAUGUAUAGCAAAAAUGUUUGAGGUUAGAAAGAAAAGUGUUAUGAUAGAGAUGCAUGCAGUACAGAAUUAAUUUUUACAAUGCGCAGUAAAAUGUUAAAUUUCUGUUCUUAGUUUCUUUUGGUGCAUUUGAGGAAUUUUGGAAAGUGAAUUGCCCUUGCAUUAAAUGGUAUUUAUGUAGCUAAUCUCUUGAGAGGUGACCGGGCUAUUUCCAUUCCAGUUGUAGAGACAGUCAUUAGUUUUUUCCAUCAAAAUGUCUGAGGCUUCAAACUCAGCAAUAAACAUUCAAAGAAAAUCCAAACUAAAAGAAAUUAAACUGAUUGAACGCCCCUGUUUUUAGGUUUGCCGUAAGGAUCAGCAGGCAGAUACUUGAGUAUUUGUGGAAAGCACAAGCCAUAUUCUAAAGUUGGGAGAUAACCUAAAAUUGUACAUUUUAAUAGCAAACUGGAAGUAAGCUGCAGUACAGGUCACCUCAGUUAACAUAAAAGUAAUCUGUACUGUAGACUUUUUUAGUUCCAAAUCUGUAAAAGCAUCAUUAUUUUCUCAUGCAUCAAUUCUGAAAGCAUUUUACUGUGGUGUUUGUUUUUUUGGUGUGUGUGUGUGUGUGUGUGUGUUUCUCCCCUUCCCCCCUCCCUCCCCCCAGUAAAACUACCUAGUUAACUUAAGGUACAUCUACAGCUGCGGCAGUGUAUAGAGUACAGACACAGCAUCCCCAGCUAGCAGGGGUGUAAAUAGAAGUGUAGAUGGUGAGGCAUGGCUUAGGGGGGUAGCGUAGAGUGCCCUACACAACUCAGCCCUGAUGGUAUAUAUCCAAGCAUGGCCUCCCAUGUCUAUGUUACUAAUUUCUGCAGUGUAGAGUCCCACUGCCUCUCUGUUGCCAGAGCCUUUUUGUUGCUGCCUGCACACAGCAGUAUGUAGCUACUCACCUUAGUGACAAGUAUGGAUACCACCUGCCUUUCGCCGUGGCGUGUAGCUACACGUGUAGUGCCUUUACUCUACUUGCCGCUGUAAGUGUAGACGUAACCUUAGUACUGCUCUGAAAGGUGCCACUUGUUAAGUGUAUUCAUAACAAAGAAACACUGGAGUAAAGCUUAAGUCAUGUUUUAUACAUUCCAAAGACAGAAAGCUCUUUGCUUACUUUUACUUUGUUCCUUUGAAUUUAUUUAUAUGUUAUAUAUAUAUAUGUAUGUAUGUAUAUAUAAAAAUAUAUGGGCCUCUAUGUGGCUGAUCAGUAUAUUUUGUAAAUAGCAAUCCCAACUUCAGGAAGAUUUCAUCAAGUUUUCAAGUUCAUAUGAGUACUUCUAGAUCAGUAUUGGAUUCAUUGUAAUGUAAAAUAGAGUUGGGUUUUAUUUUACCUUUUGCAAAAUAAUCGCCUUUUAUUUGCUCUCAUAUCCAAAAAACACUUUUUUCCCCUUUUGGUAAAUAUUAUAUAUACGUUGUCUGCUAUAAGACCUAGUCAUUUCAGAUUCCUGAAGAAAGAAAUCACUGUUGUUUUUGAUAGGGAAUCUCUUAUUUCUUUUGUUAACUCUUUGCAUAUGUAUAUAAGUAAUAUAGUUGGUGACAUAAAAAUAACAUUUUUGUUAUGUGGAAAUAUUUAAGUCAGAAAUGUUAAUAAUAUUAAUUUUUUUCCAACUUUGCUUUGUGUAGUUUUUAAAAGACAAUUUUAAAUGGGUAUUCUUAGCUAUUUCAAGGAAAAUGUGGAUGACUAAAAUUAUGCAGCUCAAUGUUGAACAUAGAGGACUGAAGUUCUCCUUUCAUUUCAGCAGUGCAUCUCAUUCCAGACAAGUUGUUUGGCCCUGCAAACCUGCCUUACACAUAUUGGUAACUUCUGGAUAAUGGCAACCUUUUGCUGGGAACCAAGAGGUUGCUAAUAAGCAGAAUUCACAAUACACGGAAAGCAGAUCUUUUCAAUAAAGAGGUGCUAUUUGAAAUACAUAGUCAUUUUUCAGAGAGCAAUGCUGCUUUAAGACUCUUGAUCACAUACCAAUCACGUAAUGAGUGGAUAUUUGUAAGAUAGUAAGAAACAAGUAAAUAGGGAGACUUGCCUUUUUUUCCCCUGAGUUCUCAACCCACCACAAUAGCGAGAGUCCUGCCAAUUAUGGUAAAUAUCCUUUUUGAACAUUUUAAUAAGAUACAGUAUAUAUUUUAGAAUCAUGCCUUGAAUGUCUUCUGCCUGACACAAAGGUGUUUAAUGUCCUUCCUUUAAACGUAGGAGCUGCUCCAGAUUACUUGGAUAAGUUUGAAUUGGAAACUUUCAGAUGCAUUAUAUCUGCUGAUGCUCUGUAGUAGUGAUAAGGUUGUGACUAUUACAUUGUGUCCAGGGCAAGAUCAGGUUGUUCAGGAACUUUCUUGCUAAAGUAAAGAAAUGUAAUGUGGACCAUGCCCUAACAGCAUCACACUGGAGAAAGGUAACAUCAAAAAUAAACUUUAUGUGCCCUAGAAGCCCUGGUCCAUCUUGCUGUGGCAAUUGGGCUCUCUGAGUAAAAGCAUCAUACACCGUUGAUAGCUGAGAUGUAGUUAUUAGCAAUAAAUCAAUUUAAUUUUGCCUUGGCUUAGUAUUUUCUCUCUUGUAUUUUAAGUUUUUUUUUUCCUUCAACUGUUAUGAACACCAUUUUAUGGUCAUGCCUUAAUUGGCUACUGCAGCCCAUUUAUGAUAUUUUGUAUUUUAUGCCCAACCUGGAAGAGACUUGUAUGAGAGACACUGUGAAUCUUUUAUUGGAAUACACAGUGGUAACCUCCAAAGAAGAAACUCUCAAAUUCUCCUUAACAUAAACAAGAAAAAAUCACUAGGAAAAAAAAUCAUAUCAUGAAUCCUGCAAUUUUUGAUUGUUUCUAUCUUUUUAGAUUGUAGAUAUAAGCCAUCACAAUGUAAAUAGGUUGGCUUCUUGCAGAAAACUCUCUUCAGCCAAAUAGUAUCCAGCAGAGGAGAGAACUCAUCCCUUCCCUAGUUUAUCACCCUAUGUGUUGUGAGCUUCAGUUCCUAAUUGUGAUUCAAAUGCUGACUUCAACCCAAAUCAUACCACUUGGAUUUGUGCAUGGAGGGCUGCCUGUGGCUCUUUCCACUUCCACAGAGCAGAGGGGACUGAGCUGCCUCUCCAGAACCCUGCAGUGAUUCUCAUUUCAUCUGAGGUUUAUAGUGGAGAGGGUUGGAGACUGUAGAGGCUGUGGGGCUGAGUGGGCAGGCUGUGGUUGUGAAAUUUUGCAGAAAAUGUGGAAUAGCCCAAGGAUGUAUUUUCCAUGGCGCCUCCUGACCAUGGUGGCAUGGAAGAAGUUUGUGAUAGUAGAUGUCAGAACAGCCAAGUGUGUGGGAAGGGAGUCCCUCUACUUUUUCUGUGGGGGUGGACAAAUCAAUCCAAAAUCCUAAUGGCUGUGCUCAGUGAUUGUGAGUUCAUAGAAACAGCACUUUUUUCGUAGGAGUGGCACAUGAGGCAACCCAUUUUUCCCACUGUUGUCCAUCAUAAAUUGUCUCCAUGAUAGCAACACCCUUUUCAAUUGUUCUGGGAUAGGUCAUACUUUCUCCACCAUGCCUUCUUUUUUCCAUCCAGUUGGAAUGCAAUCUAAGAUGUAGCUUGUGCUUCUUCCAUGGGGUAGCCUGAUGACCUGGGCAAACCACCAGAGCGUUUUCUAGCUGAUUAAGUCCACAGUCUGCUGACCUGUGCAGUGCAAUGCUGCCACGUUGGUUAUACAAUUGCUCCAAUGAAUUCCCAAAAUCCUUCUCAAACAACUCUGGUGAAAUGCAUUCAGCUUCCUAUUGUGUACUUCUGCCACAUUCUGCUGAGGCAUACAGUAAUGUUAGAAGGACAAUACCAUUGUACAAUCUCACGUCAAGGUGUAGUAUUUUGCUACUCUUCCAGCUGUUUGGCAAAUAAGUAAUUGAUCCACUGGCUUUGCCAAUUCUUGCCCUCAAUUCUUUAAUGAGCUGACCAUUAGCAGAAAUACUUUACUUCCAAGAUUUUUAAAACAGUCGUAAACCUUUUGUAGUCUUUUCCAUCACUCACAUAUCUGUCAGAGUUGAUCAUAUUCUCUCCUAUCUCCAUACGCUUGGUCUCAAACUCCCAUUUUGGUAGCUUCCACUUUUAUACUCAUAAAGAGUUUUUUUCGUUUCCUCAAAGCUGGUAUCCAGUAUGACUUUGUCAUCUGAAAAAUAAAAACUAGAUCCUGCAGCUCAUCUCUUGUCCAAACAAUGCCAGUGGCCUCAACAUCAGCUGUUGCUUUUCUCAUCUCAAAGUCUAUGCAAAUGCAGAAGAGAAGUGGGGAUAGUGCUCAACUUCGCUUUACACCAGUAACAAUCUUAAGCCAUUUUUUGUUCUGACAGCAUGCAGACUCAUUCUACCAAGCUUUUAUCCGAUUAACAAUCUCUGAUGGAAUUUUAUAGUGUUUCAGGAUCUUUCAGAGGGCUUGUCCGUGAACACUAUCAAACACUUCUGUAAAAUCAGUGAAGUUAAAAAGCGUCUUCUGCCAGUAUUCUAACCCUUGCUCAAUAAGUCUUCUCAAGGUGAAAAUCUGAUCUGAACGUGACCUAUCAGAUCAAAAUCCAGCCUGCUUAUCUCUGAGUUCUUUGUCAACAGCAGUUUUCAUCCUAUUCAAAAUGAUAAUGCAAAACACUUUUCCAGGUACAGAUUGGAGUGUCUCCUGUUAUCACAAAUAAAUUAAUCCACCUUUUUAGGGAUUUCACAGAAUACACCUUUUCUCCAGUCAGGAUAGGUUUUCUUUUCCCAAACCAUUCUGUACAACCUGGAUAUGUAACUCAACAUCAUUUCUUUUUGAGCUUUUAGCAUGUUUUUUACCACAGCUUGGUGUUUUACCACUCCUUAAUUGGUUUAUGGCCUUAGUUACUUUCUCAAAAGCAAGUGCUCUUAGUGAUACUGGUAAAUCCACUGUUUCUUCACAUCUCUGUGUGUAUUAGUGGUUGUGGCUGGUUGAGCGCAGCCUAAAAAUGUUCCAUCCUCUGUGGCUAAAAUUGUAUCUCUCAUUAGGAUAUUAGAAAAAAAAUGUUGGAAACCCCUUGCUAGCAUGCCUUCUCAGCUUCUCUUGCUUUGUUUUCUGUCCCUUCUGUCUUAUUUCUUCUGGCUGAUCUUCUGACUGACUUGUCUUUGUCCCCAUGUUCUUUCUGUAGAAUAGCUGUUUUAGUUCCAUCUCAUUCUUGUUGAAUUCUCUUGUUUAAUAUUUCCAUUCUUCUUUCUUAGAUCUUCUGACCCUCACUGUAGUCCAGGCUGCUUUCACACUUCAUUGAAAAAACUGCCAUUGUUCUCCUCCGCUUCUCGGUGGCUAGAACUCUUGGAUGAUGCAGCGUCUUUCUUGGGACUUAAGGAAGACUUUCUGGCAUGCUUAUGCACAUGCUUCCUUGCCUCAUGGCUAGACCCCGGCAUGGGGUCCAUAACACUGGUACUGGUGGAACUGGACUGGAGCUCUGCAGUAGGAGGUGCACUCCUCGAUUUGCUCAGCCCGAUGUAUGGCGUGGGUGCAAGAGGUGUCCCCAGCCUGGAUAUAACAGCAGACCAUGCGGCGAUGCUGCUUAAGGUGAGAGAACUCAGCCUUCCCAGGUACGGGCAGGGAAGGAGAGGCAGAUACUGCACUUGGACACAAGCUGGGCUCCUCCCAAGCAGUAUAGGCAGUCCUGGUGGUCAUCACUGAUCAAAAAUGAGCAAGGGCAGGAAGCGCAAAUCUUGAACCCCGUUGUCUUCGUCCUAAUCCCGUACCCAGGCCUGGGUGCUCGGUGGAGAGGUCUGAUGGGAAACCACCGAAGCAAUGUUCCCAAGCUCCUUAAAUCCUAGGGAAAACUGCUUCUAACAGUAAAAACUACUACCAAAAAAAUGAAAUGCUAACUAUGUAUAAGAACAGGAUUUUUUUAAUGCAAAGUUUGAAGUGCGUCACAAGGGAUGAGAGAACAGCAGAAACUUUGACUUGGACCAUGCAGUGGAGAGAAGCAACUGAGAGCGCAGUCAGUCCACCCCGCCAUUAAUCACCUUGGUCGAUAUCAUGAGGCAAAACAAGGGUGCAUGUGCGGCUCACCGGACACUACUACUUUUAAAAAGCUCUGGCUCAGUGUAUGCGCAUAACACUCAGUGGAAUACAAUAGGGACCAUCACUUGAAGAACUACUACUAGUUUUUGAGUAUCAUGCUGUCUGCCUUAUGUGGUAGUGCCAUCUUUAGUUUUAUUUUGAUUCUCCCAAUAACAAGAUGGUUGUCACUUCCAAUAUCAGUACUCGUAUACACCCUGGUGUUCAACAGUGAUCUUCUGCAGUGCCUAUUAAUGGCAAUGUGAUUAAGCUCUUUCUGGGUGAAGCCAUCAUUUGAUCUCCUUGUCAACUGAGGGAGAAUCAAAACCCCAAGGAGGUUCUGAAAUGGGAUAUCUUCACAGCUAAGGUUAAGACUAGAAUUGGGAGUUGGCAUGUUAGCUUACUUUGCAACACGGUAGACUAUUUCAGAGAAAUGAAAAUCUUUGGCUUAAGUCUAGCUGGACUGAAAUGAGAUGAGAUGGACUAGACAAGGUAAACUACCAUUGGAAGGUGUGACUUUUAUUUUUUAUUCUGGAAGAGAGGAUGGCAAACAUCAGGAAGACAUAGGCUUAUUAUUGAGUAAGGAAGCUACUAAAGCACCAAAGAAGUGGGAACCUGUAAACUCAGACAUAUUGACUACUUGCUUUGUGAUAGUUCAGUGUUAUGUGCAAGAAAUUAUAGUGAUGAACAAGUCAAACAUGGUUUCUGUGAAAGAUUGCAGAGUGGCCUUGGCAAGAUCAAUAAAUAUAACAGUUAUUCUUAUGGGAGAUCUAAAUGCACCAAUUGGGGAUGAUAAUACUACGUAUGAGCAUGUUAUGGUCAGAUAUGGUAUCCCACGACAGUACCAACAAUGGGGAAAGUUUUGUUGAACGCUGCUACCUAUAAUAUCUUUGUAUUUUGGAAACAAUAUUGCCACACAAGGAAAGAGACACAAAUUGCCAAAAUAUAAUGACCUAAUUUUCAAAAGUUCUGAACACCUGCAGCUCCAAUUGACUUUAGGGAGAUUUGCAGGCAUGAAACACUUUUUGAAAAUCAGGCCAUGAAGAAGCAGGAGAUCAUGCCAACACUGAAAUAAUGAAACAGAUUAAAUGAAAUAAAUUGAGAGGAGAGACAGAAUAGUCAAUUUACGGAUCUUGAUGUACCACCGUUGUGCAGUCUUUGCUUUUUUUAAGAAAACUUUGGCGGACAUUUUAGGUCCAGCAACUUCUAUAGCAUUGCAUUGGUUUCUCUGAAUUUAGUUCUGACUUUGAGAAUUGUCAGAUAGACUCAUCAUUGCUGAUCCCCUCACAGAGCAUCAUUCAUCUAAAAGUUAUUUAGAUAGAUAUAAGGAGAGCAAAAGAAUUUCCAUCACAAGAAAUGUUUGGCAAUUUCCAGAUAGUGAUUCUUGGAGUGUCAUGGAACUGAGCAUCCUCCCUCUCUCACUACCCACUGCUCUUUGGUAGUCUUGUCUCAUGCAUACAGUUAAUCCAUGGGCUAGACUUCAUGUGACAGUGCUUCAUAGAUUCCUUUUAUAGGCCUGGAACCAUUUUCAACAGGAGAUGCAAAGGAAAGUGAAAAUAGUAUCCAGAGUAAUUUAAUUCAUCUGGCUGAGGGACUAAAACCCAGAUCACUUGAAGCAUGUUAGAUGCAAAUAAACAGACUUCCCAAAGAGUCGGAACUCCUUCAGCAUGCUCCAUCAGAACUGCCUGGGCAGAAGAGGUGCUUUCAACCACAAAGGAAAUCUUACAGAAUUGUUGCCCAUUAAGAACUUAUGAAGUACUGCAAGCUUGACUUUCACCCUGCUCAGGCCUGCCAACAGUAAUUCUGGGCACCAGGGCCGUCCUUAGCGGGGGUAGAAGUGAGAAAUCUGUCACUUCUGGGACCAACCCCAUGCUGGCCCACAAGGACCGGUCCCAGAGCGUUUGCGCGCUCCUAGGAGCCCUGUGGCCUGCCCAGGUGAU